CACUUCCCGUCCAUGGAUCUCUUGCCGACGCAAUUGAGCUGAAUGCCCCCAACAGCGGCGCGGCGGUGUGCGAAAGGACCUCAGACGGUAUACUUGCUGCUGAACCCUCCAUGAGUGGCUUUUCGGGCACUUUGAGAUUGCUUUGGGCGAUCAACGCUGGAAAUGGCCCAAGAACCCUCUGAACGGGCCUGCGAUAGGUGCAGAGAACGACGCGUAAAGUGCGACAAAACGCAACCGACAUGUCUGCGAUGUGAGAAGCUGGGCAAGCCAUGCCCAGGCUACGACAAGAAACGCAAGUUCGUUGAUGAGGGCGUGACGCUGCGAAAGAAGUACCAAAGCUCGGGCGACCGGCCUCCAGGCGACGACAAGGUUAUUUCAUCUCCACACCCCAAUUCUGCAGUUGCCCAGGCAAGUAGUAAUGGCGAUCAUGCGCAGUUCAGCACAGGGUCGCCGGCCAUAGCAGUGCCAAACAACCUACCUGGAGCGCUCGGGACACCAGGAAAGACUGAAGCUUCGCCUGCACUUCCUACGUUUGGCACACCGAGCCAUGCCAUACUCGCACAGCGCACUGGGCCUGGCGGCACAGUUCUCCCAAACGUAGCAGCGCCGCAUGUUGAGCCCGCAGACGCAAUGCUCCUUUCAGAGCCGCCUAUGCAGGUGGCUUUCACGACUGACGAUGCAAUGCUAGACGAAUUAUGGAAAAACGAGCAUUUCGACCCCCAGUUCUUCGACUUGCAGCCAGACGCAUACUACUCUGCUGCUGGCAAUACCUGCGGGUUCUUGCCCAACAUACCUGAAAUUGUGGAUGAGGUCGAUCAGAGUGACAUUCUGCUGAGCAAUUCAGCUUCUGGAACACCACUCUCAACUGGAAUAUUUUCCGGAUCAUUCUCAGAUAGUAAUCUAUGGGCGCCCGAAUCGCAACUGAACACGAGCGCUCUAAUCACUAGCGAGCGAGAUCACGAAAUGGCCUAUCUGAUAAGACACUUUACGGAGGCGAUAGGUCCCUGGAUGGAUCUUUUUGAUAGAGACAAACAUUUUACGCAUCUAGUACCGCUCAAAGCUCUCAGAGAUGCCCUAUUACGUAACGCCAUAGCCGCAGUUGCAGCGAAGCAGCUGGGUCGUGUCAAAGGCCAGAAGCCCUUUACAGGCCGACAGUCGCAGAAACCUUCAGCUAUGGAAGUCCUCGAUGAUGGAACAACGGAAGUGGACUGGUUUUACAAGGCCGCAAACUAUUACGACAAAGCAAUCGCAUUCUCACGUCAAUAUUUACAAGCAGUAUCUGGUGAGCUCAGUAAUCCUCCGAGCCCCAAUACACAGAUGGCUGUCUCGUUGGCCAACUCCGAUGACCUCUUGGUCGCAGUGUCCAUCUUUUCGCUGUACGAGUCCCUGGACAAUUUAGAAACUGGCUGGCUACAACAUCUUGCGGGCCUGAAAUCGUUACUUGGGGCAGUGAGCCCGACACAGCAGGUACAGAAUCAAGUGGUGCCCUCACUGACAGUAGGACGACUGGCCUCAUUUUGGAACUUUGCAAGAGCAGAUUAUCAAGCAGCUUAUCUCAACAAGCAAACGACUCUUCUCAAUACCGAGGACUUUGCAUUAUGGCAUAGCUGUGGGCUGGAAAUUCAACAAGAUGGCAGCCUAUACAAGUCCACAGAUUUCGUCAAGAACGAUCCCACGCACAGCCGCGCAUUGGCCGAGCUAGUAGCACACACACUUCUCUGGCUUGUGCUUCGAGUCAUGAACUAUCUCGCCAGUGAUGAAAACUCGAGCGCUCGACAAUCACAAUGGGAGAUGCUCACGCGCCAGCUAGACCACUGGUACGGCAACCUACCAGACACUUUUCAACCCUGCGCCCACAUACGACAUCCCGCUUCAGGACGAACAAUGCGCUCUCAACUCUUCGAAGCAUUCUUCAGCAUUGAUGUAUGCGCCGCCGCAAUGCAAUUAUACCACUUCACUCGAAUCCUGCUCCUCCUUCAUCGCCCAAUAACAACAGCGACCGAACGCAGCGCUUUCCGAAAUCGUCUGAAAGCCUAUAGAGAAGUCUCCACAGAAGCGAUCAGACAUGCGCAUGAGAUCAUUGGUAUCGCACUGGGGAGACCGCAUCCUGCGAUUCGAGUGGAGAUGUUACUACCGCUUUCCAUUGCAGGAGCAUGUUUAGAAGAGAACGACGAAAGGAAAGUCGUGCUCGAAUUGCUGCGCGCUAUUGAGCAAGACACGGGGCAUUCGACGGGCACGCGUUGUGAGGAACUGAUGCAAGAAUGGGGUUGGGCGCAAGAGCCCGAAGGGAUAGCCUAGAGAGAAGGAAAUCAUGAUUACUUAAACAAAAUCACAACUCGAUACCACGACGAAAAGAACAUAACGUCACCUCUUCGCACACUUCAAAACCGAG